CGCUCCGCGAAGAUGGUGCGCCGGCACUCCCCGGGCCUCGCUGAGAUCCGAGGAUGCUGCCAUGCUUCCCACCGCUGGUCUUGCUCUGCUGGGCCUUCUCCUUGGGGCGCCCCUGCCCCGCCACCUGCAGCUGCCUGGACUACCACACCAUCGACUGCCAGGGGCAAGGGCUGCCUCGCAUCCCCACCCCGUUCCCCUUGGAUGUGAGGAAACUUCUGGCCGCCGACAACAACAUCCAGAAAAUCCCAGAGGACUUCUUCGUCUUCCACAGCGACCUGGUCUACUUGGACUUCAGGAACAACUCCAUCGCUGCCCUGGGGGACGGCGCCUUCCGUGGCUCUGGCAAGCUGGUGUAUCUGGAUCUGAGCCACAACGACCUGGCCCGGCUGGACGCUAGCACCUUCCGGUCGGCAGAGAGGCUGGUCAAGCUGCGCCUGGGGAACAACCGCCUGGGGGAGGUGGACGGGGCCGCCUUUGAAAGCCUCAACCAGCUCCAGGUGCUGGAGCUGAGCCACAACCACUUGAAGAUGCUGGCUGUGGCCGCCCUGGAGGCGCUGCCCAACCUCCGGGUCCUCCGCCUGGAAGGCAACCCCUGGCUUUGUGACUGCGGCUUUGCCGGCCUUUUCAGCUGGCUGGAGGAGAACGCCUUCAGGCUGCCGAAAGGUCUCAGCGACAUCCGGUGCACCAUCCCCGUGGAGGACACCUCCGUCUUCCUCAGUGAAUUAACUGAAGCCAGUUUUAGGGACUGCAAAUUCAGGCUGUCGCUGGUGGACCUCCUGAUCAUCAUCUUCUCUGGGGCAGCCGUCUCCGUCGCUGCAAUCGUGUCUAGCUUCGUCCUGGCGCUGCUCGUGAACUGCUUCCAGCGGUGCGCGCCCAGCAAAGACAACGACGAAGAGGACGAAGAGGACUGAGGGCCUUCCGCCCCCGCCCUCCCCGUGCAGACAAGGAAAGGGCCCCCCUGGUUCGAAAGGGCAGCGCAGCCCUGCGGCUUUCUGAGGCUGGACAGCGCGCUUCCCCAGGCCGACCGGGAGUUUCCCAGUGGGGUGAUGGGGUGUGAGGCAUGCGUCACGGGGAAAAGGCAACUUUUCCCAGGGGCGCUUGGGAUCGUGGCCAUCUCUCAGGAAGCAAGAAGAAACACGGAAGCAGGAGGCAGAUGGGUGCUUCUAAAUAUUCUCUCCAUGAUGUAAUUUAGAGAACAGACAGCUGCAAAUCAACAGGAAACACAUCUGGACGGAUCUCCUGGGACCCAAAGGAGCGGGCCCCGUGACUCGGGUGUGGGCGUCGUCCACUGCUGCUUCCCCCCUCCAGGUCCUCCGAGGGAACCUUUCCCCUUGCGGUCUGAACAGGGCCCUUCCCUGCUGUUGCCCGUGCAGCGGGGUCCGAGACACCAAGCCCUCCACGCGUUGCUGGGCCGGCUUGGGAAGCCAAGCUCGCCUCAGGACACGCCCUGGGUGAGCAAACCGCCCCCUUGCCGCCGUGUGGCAUCAGCUGCAUCCAACCUGCCAGGGGCAUCUCCCUCUGCGCAUGGAGGAAGAACUUCUAGGAACGCCUCCCAAACUGCUCCGUCAAGCGGAUGGAAGCCAAACCUAGUGCCUGAAACACCAGGACGACCGUCAUUCUCUUCUCCUCCAUUUUGGGGAUUACUUUCAUUCAUUUCCAUGGAAAAGGAAUGGGUCUGGUUCUUUGUUUUUCCAAAAGGGAAGAGUGUUUUGGUCAAAUGUGACGCUUGCCCUUGCCUCAGCUCAAGUGGGUCAGGGGGUCUGACCGCCCAGCCUUUCCCCGGAGAAGCGUUUCUCCAGCUCGGCUUCCCAUUUUUCCCCUUUUCCUUGAAGGAGAAGUCUUAAUCAUCUAUGAUCCUAAAUGCUUUAUGGAGAAGGUUGUGCUAGUUGGAAACACAGCUAAACUUCUGCCUAAGUCUGCCAACAGAUGACUCCCUCUCCACAGGUGCACGAACUUAAAUGGAAACAAAUCGGCCGAUAAAUCUGUGGAGCAGAGGUGGGCUUUUCUUGUUACUGUUUGCGCUGGAGAGUCACGAGGGGGGUUACGGCGAUGUCCCCUUCGGCUCCUUUUGUGUUGAGGGCGACGGGAUUCCAGCCGAAUCUAGAACCGAAGCCUUUAAGGACGCAGAUGCCCGUUGGUUGCUCAGUGGAAAAUCCCCUUCCUUCCCCUCCCCAAACGAACAGGACAAGACAAGCAUCGCCGUGUCAGGAAAGCUGGCAUCCUGUCUUUAACCUUAUCCCACACUGGAACCUGGGAUGUGUAGAGUUGGGGAGGCGGUGUGCACCCAAGUCCGCGUCUGGGAACCCUGGGAUGUGGGAGGAUCUGCUGUGGACAUUUAUCAACGCUUAACAGAUCUGCAGGAGCUGCUCAAAUGGAUCCCAGUGAUUCCACAGAGGGGACCACCCGGCCUAUUGGCUUCCUCUUAACCAC